GGUGAUUUCCCUCGGGGGGACACGGCUGAGGACGGCUUCCACGGCGCCUCCCCGGUGACAGCCUUCCCUGCCCAGAACAGCUACGGGCUCUAUGACCUGCUGGGAAACACCUGGGAAUGGACAGCAUCAGAAUUCCCAGCUCCAGGAAGGGCGCCCAGGGCUCAGAAGAUGCAGGUGCUGAGAGGGGCCUCGUGGAUUGACACUGCAGAUGGCUCUGCCAACCACAGAGCUCGUGUCACCACCAGGAUGGGGAACACGCCAGACUCUGCCUCUGACAACCUCAGCUUCCGCUGCGCUGCCGACGUCCCUCCUGUGCCAGCCUGGAAAAGCCAGAGCAAAGCUGAGCUCUGAGGGCUCCCUGGGAACACCUGAGGCAUUUUCUCCUGUGGAGAUGAACAGGAACCCCCAGCUGUCACUUCCAUGAAACCCCAAUUGUUUCUAAAAUUAAAAAAUAAUUUCAACCUUUUCA